AUGCUGGACGGCGACAGAGAUUUCGUCGAGGAUUUACAACCUCUUCCAAAGAUUAAUACUGCUAAUCAACAGCGGUAUGCUAACAUAUCCCGUCAGCGAGGGCGACGGCCUAUGUUCGGCCCAAGACCGGCGGCCCCUCCGCAUCCACAACCCCCUACUGUCGCCCAAACAAGCGUCGCAAAUGAUGAGAAUAAUCUCCCUGAACCAUCAUCUCAAUCCACUCUCAAAAAACAACUGCUCGGUCCCUCGGUCCUCAAAUCCGGGCAGGAUAAUGUUGACCAAUCACGAGUCGCCGAAAUCAUCUAUGAAGCCUCAAAGGGUUCUAAAUACUUCGUCAAUGAAUCGCGAAAGGAUCUAGAACUUACAAAACGUAUCGAUCGUAUUCUCAAAAAGAAAGCCGAACUCGACAAAACGGACACUUCAAGUGACCUGAAAAAGGCAGAUGCACAUAUCGCAGCGCUAGAACUAGAGAGAGAUCUGUCGCAAACAAUCAUCCAUGUCGACUGUGACGCCUUUUACGCCUCAGUCGAGGAACUCGACCGACCAGAACUCAAAACUGUGCCUAUGGCUGUCGGCAAAGGAGUGCUCACGACAUGUAACUACGAGGCCCGCAAAUUUGGCGUUCGCUCAGGCAUGGCUGGUCACAUCGCUAUCAAACUAUGCCCACAACUCGUCUUUCUUCCUCUAAACUUCGAAAAAUACAAUGCGAAAGCGAAAGAAGUCCGGGAGGUACUCUCUAGAUAUGAUGAAAGAUUCGAAGCCGCUAGCUGCGACGAAGCAUAUCUUAAUAUCACACCUUAUCUAGAGAGGCACAAACUAGACCCCGAGGAGGCCGUAGAGAAGAUGAGACAGGAAGUCUUUGAGCGUUCAAAGCUUACAGUUUCAGCAGGGAUUGCUCCGAAUGCACGAAUCGCAAAGAUUUGUUCAAAUAAAAACAAGCCGAACGGUCAAUUCCGUGUGGGGAACGACCGCUCAGCAGUCAUGUCAUUUAUGAAAUCACUCCCAGUCCGAAAAGUCAACGGUGUUGGUCGAGUCUUCGAACGAGAACUCGAGGCUGUAGGGAUCAAGACCUGCGGCGAUAUCUACCCCAUGCGGGGAUUAAUCUUGAAGCUCUUUGGCCAGAAAGCCUACGAAUUCUUGAUCUCCGUCUUCUUGGGUCUCGGCAGGACCGUGAUCCGUCCAGCCGAAGAAUACAUCCGUAAAUCCAUCGGUAGCGAAUCGACUUUCCCUGAUCUAGAGGGCACUGCAAAUCUUAGGGAAAAACUUAGGAAAACUGCAGAAGCCCUCGAAGAGGAUCUGACGAAAACGGAGCUACAGGGCCGUACGCUUGCAUUGAAAGUCAAGAUGUUCACAUAUGAAGAGGCGAUUCGGCAGAAACCCUUACCAUAUCCGAUUUGGAAGGCCGGGGAUGUGUAUGACUACGCGCUACCUCUAUUAACCAAAUUGGAAGAGGAAUACAAGCCAAUGAAGCUUCGACUUAUGGGACUUAGGAUGACUAAUCUAUCAAGUAGAAAGAAAAGCGGCAAUGGAAACGAUUUUUUCAAGCCUCUUGUUGUUAAAAAGAGAAAGUUUGGAACUGAAGCGGAAGAGAAGUGGGAGGAAUGGCCGGAAGAGGAAUGGGGGAAGUAUACCGAGGCGGGGUUUGAAAUAGGGCGCGAAGAUGACGUGGAAAUGGACCCGGACGAACUGAAAUACUUUGAUGGGUUGAGAAGUGAUGAUUUGCUAGGGCUUGAAGGUGGUGAUGACGAAGAAGAGGAAGUGGAAAAUGAAGAGAAGACAAAAGAUGAGGGGAACGGAAGCGAAGAAAUCUACUGGCCGUGUCCAAUAUGCGACCUCCCACAGGUGGCCGAAGAUAGAACGUUCAACGACCACGUGGAUUUCUGCCUUUCGAAACAAACAAUUAGGGAAGCAGUACGGGAAGGCGAUCGUGAGAGGGAUACCACGCCUACGGCCCCACCUCUUGGUAGGGCGGGCGCAUCUGCAUCGCCAGAGAAGGCGACCGUGAAUACGGUAUUCAAGGAAUACAGGCAAGUUGGGAAUCAUAAGAACCCGCUACCAUCACGGAGGGGUCGGCCGAGGGGGAAGCGAAGGAAGCUGUGA